CGGCUGAAUCGACAACACAAGCGUCAAUGUUGGAUCAACAAUGCUCUCCGCUCUCAUUCGUCUAGUACGCACGCGUUGGACAGUGGUAGUUCUCUACCUAUCCAAGCCAUGGGGCCAGCCACUUCAGUUCACCAGUGUCAGAGAGACCAAGACGCUUGAGACGAAUGCCACCGAGAUCAACACUCCAGAGAUCAAUGAACCAGAGACUGGAACUCUUGAAUCUGAUACUCAGGGAUUCCCUGCUGCUACUGACGACCAAUACAAUCAAGUCAAAAAAACAUUUAUCGAAUCGUUACACCCAGAUGCGGUCUGCGAUCUAGCAUCACGGUACAACAAUGGCAAACCAUGCCGGGUUGUGAACAAGGACAACGGCAGUUUCAAUGUUUGCUUCUUCGUCGAGUUUGACCAAGAAAGUCCCAAGUGGAUUGUCAGGGUCCCAAUCGAGCCCGCUCUCGACAAUCCCUGGGACAAGUUGUUGAGCGAAGUGACCACCAUACAAUACCUCGAGCGCAACACCCGGAUUCCCGUCCCUCACGUUCGUGCUUAUGGACGCGAUGCCAAGUUGACCAAAACCAGCGCGGGAACGCAAAUGUUUCUCAUCGCAGACCUCAUUCCAGGCGAACCGCUGGAUAAGAAACUUCUGACUGAAUCUAAAGAGGAGCACAGAAGAAACUUCUACUCUCAGCUAAUCGAUAUUUUGGCUGAGCUUAGGAAACUCGAGUUCCCCUCAAUAGGCUCCUUGAUGCCAAAUCCUCAUGGCAGCUCGCACCCUGUUUUAGGCCCCCUCAUAUCCAUGUCUGCCACCACCCUUCGGCUGCCGCCUCCGCCAGUCCUUGCUUCCGCCAAGGAUUACAUGAUACACCAAUUCAGCUUUAUAUCAAGGUUCCUUUCGCCACCAGUUCGUGAUCAUACUGUCGAUGAUAUUGAACUAGAGGUUUUCGCGCUAGACGGCAUGGAGCGUAUUUUUCACAAUAUUAUUGAUCCUCAGCUAGAUGAGGGCCCCUUUGUGUUGAACCAUCUGGACUUACGGAGCCCCAAUAUCAUUGUGGACAAAAACCUGCAGAUUCAGGGCAUAAUUGAUUGGGAGUUCACAAGUACUGUUCCACGCCAAGUCUUCACCCCACCAUCAUGGAUUACUGGCCAUGAUUCGAUCAAGACGAACAAGCAGAUGCACGCCGAGUUCCGCAACGUUCUGGAUGAGAAGAGCAAGACAAACAGCCUCUGCGACCAGCUCAGAAGGGAAUGGUAUGGCCAAUUAGAUGCCAGCAAGUCGGACAUCGACCAAACGGAGAUGGCAUUUUGUGUUACUCAUGUACUACGCCGUCCUACUGACGUCACCGACAUAUUCUGCGACUUUUUCGCCCAGAAGCUUUCCGACAAGCAUAUCGAUGAUAUGGUAUCUGAAUUUUUCAAUAAACACAAAGCACUUGCAGUGGAGGUGCAACGCCGAGCGGAACAAUGUGAGCGCUACACCCAGUACUUGAAGAAGAACGGGCUGUAUGAGACUGAGGAGGAAAAAUUGCUUGCUGCAUCUAAAGCACUAAAGGCAAAAUGGGGUUGGUCAUAGAACUGAUGCUCCUUUCGCUUAAUAAACUAAAUUUUCUUGCCUUCUUCCUGGAGUUGAUUUAUCUUCAACCACAUAAGGCGGAUUUUCUCUUGCUUUUCCACUUGUCUCCUUUCAUAAUCCUCCUUUUCUUCUUCUAUAGACUUUCCUUCUUCCGUAGACAGAACCUUGGACUUCUUUCUUCUGUUCCUUGCGCUUGAGGCACUCCCUGACAUCUGACGAAAACUAGCUUGCUCAAUAUUAU